UGAACUGAACGCAUGAGAGAAGGGGUUUUCAUCAGUUCUGUUUGAAAGAUGUAUAAAUCUCAGUUAUCAACCUCGAAAUCCUAUAUUUAUAUUAUUGAUGAUGGCACAGAUGAUGAAAUUGAAAUUAUUCCAUACAAAAGAGACAAAAUUAAACAAUUUCUUACUUAUGUAUUGAUCACGUUAACGAUUGGUAUUGCUGGAUUAUUAUUUUAUUGGAAGAAACAUUGGUACAUCAAGCUAAUAUGUAAUAAAACAUCUAUAGAAAAAUGUGAAAUAUUAAUUAUCAUUGAUUGUUAUAAAUUAUUAUACGUAACAUAUAUUCAAUUUCUCGAUGCUGAUGAGCUAAAUAGUGAAACUAUUAUUCAUAAUGAAGGUAAAAAAUUAUUGGAAAUUCCUGAAAAUGCUGGUCAAUUUAUAUAUAAAGAUAGAAUAAAAUAUUUUAAAUAUCAUGGUAAUAAAUAUAUAUGGAGAGAUGAUGAAAAUUGCUAUAAACAUAUAAAUAAUUUUGAGAAGGGUUUAAAAUCUUCAUAUUUUAGUGAUUGCACACCACUAUCAAUAAUAGAACAGGGUAGACGUAGAAUCUUCUUUGGACCCAAUGAUAUAAGUGUCAAAGUCAAACCCAUUUAUAAAAUAUUGUUUUACGAAGUUCUCACACCAUUUUAUAUCUUUCAAAUAUUUAGUGUUAUUUUGUGGUAUAAUGAUGAAUAUGAAUUGUAUGCUAGUUGCAUACUUAUAAUAUCAGUGCUUUCAUUAUUUCAAAGUACUUAUGAAAUUCGUAAGGAUCAAAUGGCUUUGCAUAAACUAUCUAAAAUGAUGGAAAUUGUUCAUGUAUUUCGAGAAGAUGGGAAAUGUUAUGAAAUUCCCUCAUAUGAAUUAGUUCCAGGAGAUAUUAUAAAAAUUCCUCCCAAAGGAUGCUUCAUGACAUGUGAUGCAGUGCUUUUGAGUGGCAGUUGCAUAGUUAAUGAAAGUAUGUUGACUGGUGAAAGUGUUCCUGUCACUAAAACUCCCAUGCAUGACUCAACCCAAACAAAGAUUGAACCUAUUUUUGAUAGAAAAAAACAAUCAAAACAUAUCCUAUUUUGUGGAACUAGAAUCAUUCAAUCACGAUAUUAUGGAACAGAAUGCACCAAGGCCUUCAUUUUGAGCACAGGAUUUAACACAACUAAGGGCGAAAUUAUUAGAUCCAUACUGUUCCCCAAACCAUGUGUGUUCAAUUUCAACCAAGAUAGUUACAAAUUCAUAGCUGCUCUAUUUGGUCUUUCCUUUAUAGGCUUCUUGUACAGUUCUAUACUCAAGAUUAUGAGCAAUGUUUCAGUUAGACUUAUUAUUCUCAGGUCAAUAGACUUGGUCACCAUAGUAGUCCCUCCAGCCUUACCUGCAGCUAUGACCAUAGGCAUCGUUUUCGCCAAGAAUCGCCUUAAGAAAUAUAACAUAUUUUGUGUUAGCCCAACCCACAUCAAUGUGUGCGGUGUCUUAGACCUGUUUUGCUUUGACAAAACUGGAACCCUUACAGAGGACGGUUUGGAUAUCCUGGGCAUUCUACCAUCCCUUGAAGGAGAUGAUCACCAUAAAUCGUGUGAUUUUUCUGACCACAAAAAUGAUAAUAAAAAAUUUGGUUCAAUUCUGAAAAACGGCUUUUCCCUAUCAAAAAGUCCACUGCUGUACUGUAUGUCAACCUGCCAUUCCCUCACUACAAUAGACGGUGAAUUGAUAGGAGACCCCCUGGACAUCAAGAUGUUUGAAACUACUGGUUGGAGAAUCAAGGAGCCAUCAGUUGACGAUUCCCAAAAAUACGACAUGCUUGUGCCAGCCAUAGUUCAUCCACCACUUGGCCUUAAUGCAGACCUUGAUUUAGACAAAGAAUCUAGCAGAGAGGAGGCCAUUCCUGACCAACUGGCUCAAGAUGAUUACACAUCAUCGACAGCUAAUUGUGCCGACUUGCCCCACGAAAUAGGCAUAAUCCGCCAAUUUCCUUUCCUAUCCUCCUUGCAACGCAUGAGUGUGGUGGUUCUAAGACUUAAAUCUCAAACCUAUGAAAUAUAUUGCAAAGGCUCCCCAGAGAAAAUUUCCACUCUUUGCCUCCCAGAAACGCUGCCCCCUAAUUUUUAUACUAAACUAGCGUCGUUCACGCAAAACGGACUACGGGUUAUAGCAUUAGCGUGGAAGCCAUUGCCCGAUUUGAAAUGGGCCAAAAUACAGAGAAUCAAUAGGGAUCAGGUUGAAAAGGAGUUGACAUUUUUAGGUCUCCUCAUCUUCGAGAAUAAGUUAAAAGCGGGCACUAAGCCCACGCUACGCGUCCUCAAGAAGGCUAACAUACGCACUGUCAUGGUCACGGGCGAUAACCUUUUGACGGCCGUCUCCGUCGCCAGGGAAUCUAACAUGAUAGAACCGGACGCGCGAGUUAAGGUUGUGCAGAUAGACGAUGACCCAAGACUCGAUUGCGCCAAAAUGCUGGGGUUCGAAAAUGGCGCGAAUAUUGAUGACGACGAUCACGGUUUCAUGAGGUCUAAACCCCUGGAAUUACGCUUCACAGAUUUGAGCGACGGUCUCGCGCUACCCGGUGUUGAUUCGUACGAGAAGGGCGACAAUACGGAUCACGCGUAUCAUUGUAACGGGCUUAACGGUAGAGCGGAAGGAAAGCUCAGUAGCGAUUACAAGAUGGCAAUCAAAAAUGGUCGCAACCAUACCAACCAUAGGGACCUGUUCAAUAAAGCCUCGGCCUCUAUGGAAAAAGGUAUAAAAUGCCACCUAGUCAUGACCGGUGAAAUUUUUCAAACUUUGCUCGAUCAAGACCCUGCACUAUUGGAUCGCAUUUUAGCUCCAUCCCAAUGUAAAAUUCAAAGCGAUUUUUACGAUUGCGAUUCCACGGUAUUCGCUCGCAUGAGUCCGGACGCUAAAACGGCCCUGGUGGAACGUUUCCAAUCCCUAAAUUACCGCGUGGGGGCAUGCGGGGACGGAGCCAACGAUUGCGGAGCUCUCAAAACGGCUCACGCCGGCUUGGCACUCUCCAAUUCCGGCGAUUCCGGAUCAAAUUCCAAUUCUGAUUUGAAAUGCGAUUCAAAGUCGGGCAACAACAACAACGACGACGCUUGUUUGGUCUCGCCUUUUACUUACACGCGUGGCGAUAUUCGCGGGGUUUUACCGCUCAUAGGGGAAGGCCGCUGCGCUCUCGCUACAUCUUUCGCCGUUUUCGAGUACAUGGCUUCUUACAGCUUGGUCCAAUUCACCUCGGUAUUACUGUUAUAUUGGAUAGGCGCUUCUUUCAGCGAUCAACAAUUCGCUUACGUGGACCUGGUUAUCAUCACGCUUCACGCGCUCGCUUUUGGACGGACUCACGCUUACAGGAAGAAAAAGGGAAAGAAAUUACGCAAGAUGGAUAAAUACGAUAAUGCCCAAGUAUCCGGUUGUGAUAACAAUAAAGGGAAGAAAAAGCGGAGGAGAAAAUCCUUUUUCGACAUCGACGACAUAGCCUUAUCUCGGACUCCGCCGGAAUCUUCCCUAGUCGCCUUCGCCCCUAUCUUCUCGCUGGCCACUCAAAUCCUGAUUCAGAUAUCGUUCAUGGUCCUAGCCUACUUUUGGGUUCGGUCGCGACCUUGGUUUGUCCCUUAUGACCCCGAGUCAGACCCGCACGAGGAGUUCAUAACUCACACCGUUACAGUAAUCUUCUACGUCUCGGCCUGGCAAUACAUAACGUUGGCUCACACCGCUUCAACCGGUCCGCCCCAUCGCCAACCCCUCUACACGAACCCCCUCUUUGUCGGGGCUUCUUUGAUAUCGGGGAUAUUCACCACUUUUUUCCUCGUGCUUUUUCCUUUCCCAGCCGUGGCCCGGUUCUUUUACCUCCAACCUUUACCUAUUAGCGAGCGGUGGUACAACGCAAAUAAUUUUAAGACCUCGAAUUACACCGGAAACCUUGACUAUAACGUCUCCUCUCUUCUAGCUCCUGGUAAUAAUGGGACUACUCUGAACAAAGCUAUUCCUAGAAACGUUCCUCUUUUUGAUCUCUUUGGGCCUAGAUUCGUCGUUAUGUACAUAGUUAUCGCUAAUUUCCUCGUUUCCAUGAUAUGGGAACGGUUUAUUUGCGACAAAAUUAUUUCUCCGCUAACCAAAAAUAGGGAUAUACUUCUGCGCAAAAAGAUUCCCAAAUUUAAGCAGCUGGCUCUCGGAUCGUGCAACCAUAACUUUGAUCGGUGGUUCGGCACCACCGCCACUUUUAGCGGAGAUUGCGACAAAAAUUUUCACUUCUACGAAAAACUUCCCGAAAAUUUAGGUUUGGGGAGGAUGGUUUACGAAAAUCAGCCCUCCCCGAUCGUUGGCAACCUCAAGUCUCAAAUUGCUGGGUAUCGCCACCCAACCCCUCCCAAAACCUUAUCCAUAAAUCUCAAAAAUGACAAGGUAAUCAAGAAUAGAACUUCAGGUCAGCCCUUGUUACCUUCUUCUGAGCUCAGUUCUAAUACGUGCAGCUGUUACCCAACUAACCCUUCGAAAUCGCCCGUCUCCCACUACCCCCUUUUAUCCUCUUCCGAUAAGACUACUCCCCAAAGUAUUCCUUACGUUUCUUACUCGUGCGCAAAAUAUUACGACAACCAACUUAUUUAUAAUAAUCACAAUCGCGCGAGCCCCGCGUCAACUCGAGAUAAUCGCCCUUUCGACAGAAUCCCUCCGCUCGGCGAAAUUUACAUACCAAAAGAUAUAACUAAAUUAUAACACCCCCCUAUUCAAUAAUUUAACGUUUUUUUAAAAAAAAAAAUAAAA